GAACAAUUAUUAAAGCGUUCCCUCUCUUCGACUGCUCUAGCAAUUUUGAAGAGUACGUUCAAAAAGAAUUAAAUUCAGCUCAAUUUAUCAAUCCUCUCAAUUCAGCACCAUUAGAAAGAAAUCCACAUUCAAUGAAUAUGGAAAUGAUUCGUAUUAGCACCUUUAGUAAUUUCCCACAGACAACUUCUGUGUCUACUGUAAGACUUGCCAAAGAGGGUUUUUAUUACACUGGCGAAGGAGACAAUGUCGCCUGUUUUGCAUGUGGCUUGCAUCGAGAUGGAUGGAGAGCAGCUGAUGAUCCCAGAGAGAUUCACAUUCAAUUGUCGCCGAAUUGUCCAUUUCUAAACUCUUGUCAAUCUGAAAAUGUUCCUAUACAAGAAGGAGAGAAUAUUGGAAGCAGCCAAAUGGAAAUACAACCACGAGGAGAUAGUGGCGAAUCGACUUCGGGACACGUCAUUCAAACAGGAGAAGGAAACAUUUUGCAGAACUCAACACUGUCAAUGUCAAACAAUGAAAUUAGGCUAAGAGAAAAUACAGGUUACUCAGUGCCGACAUAUUCUGCUUCCAACUCUAGUCAACAAGAAGACGAGUUCAACCUCAAAUCUUUAGAGAGACAGGAGAAGGAAAGACCUCAUCAAAGAUCUAGAGCAUUACAAGAAAAAAUCAACGUCUUUCUGAGAAGCUUAGACCCACUUGGAAUUAAUUUUGACCGUCCAAAGUACCCUGCUUAUGCAGUUGUCGCAACAAGAGUGAGUUCGUUUAAUGACUGGCCAUCAAGUAUAACACAAACUCCACGUGAUCUCGCUUUGGCAGGUUUUCUAUACGUGGGGUACGGAGAUUACACCCGCUGUUUCUUCUGUGGUGGUGGAUUAUGUAAUUGGGAACCAGGGGAUGACCCCUGGAUUGAACAUGCCAGAUGGUUUCCAAAGUGUGCUUUCUUGAGACAGAACAAAGGAGACGAAUUUGUUGCACUAGUUCAAAUUGAACAUGAUGAAAUGGAGGCAUCAGAGGAGGCCAAGAACGCAGAAGAGGGUGCAACAUCCACUAAAUGUAGAAGCAACAAUAAAUCAACUGGAACAGAAGAAAAGAACACAACAGCAUCUGACAUUUUCGAUUUAGUAUCUGUUCAGAGUGUUCUUGAAAUGGGUUACACCCGACAGGCUGUGAAGGAAGCAUUUGAUCUCCUGAGAAUGACAAAACAUGUAGAAGAAAUCUCAGGAGAAGACUUGAUAGACGUCAUUCUGUCUAAGGAGGAAAACAGUACAAGACCAGAUAUCCAAUCUGCUACUCACAACUCUGAACCCAAACUCUUGGAAGGAAAUGACACAGGAUAUACAAAUGAAUCCACUAAAAAGGAAGACAAUUCAAAUAUAGGUUCCACGAGCGGUGCAAAAGAUUCUCCAUCUACGAUUGGUUCUCUCGACUCCUCGAACAAUUCCUUGUCAUCCUUUUCAAUAGAAGACACCAAGUCUUUGAUUGAAGAAAACAGGAAACUAAAAGAUCUCCGACUUUGUAAAAUCUGUCUUGAGAACGACGCAUCUAUCGCCAUGUUACCUUGUGGUCAUCUCUGCUGUUGUCCAGACUGUGCCCCGGCUAUGAGGAAAUGUCCAAUAUGUCGACAGUUUGUGAAAGGGACGGUGAGAACAUGGCUGGUGUAGAGAGGUCUGAGUAAAACAAAGAUGACUG